CGGGGCUCGGUUGCGCCAAUCGGAGCGGUCUCGCCUAGCUGGCCAAGGUCUCGCGUGAUCUGGGUCAGGGCCACUGCUGCCGCAAGGGAAGAUGCUCCGAGUAUUUGCGCCGCGUCGAGGCCUAACGUGGGCGGGGAUCUGCCAUCUGCAGCGACUUCAGAGCACCCUUGUACUAGCAGAGCACAAUAAUGAGAAGCUGACCCCAAUUACCCUCAAUGCCAUUACAGCUGCUAAGCAGCUGGGUGGAGAUGUAACCUGCUUAGUUGCUGGAACAGACUGUAGCAAGGUGGUGGAAGAGGUCAGCAAAGUGCAGGGGGUAAAGAAGAUUUUAGUGGCACAGAAUGAUGUAUUCAAAGGUUUGCUACCAGAGGAACUGACACCCCUUGUUCUGGCUACACAAAAACAAUUUAAAUUCACACAUAUCUGUGCAGGGGCCUCUGCCUUCGGAAAGAAUCUUGUACCUAGAAUAGCUGCUAAGCUUGAUGUUGCUGCUAUCUCUGAUAUCAUUGGAAUUAAAUCUUCCGACACAUUUGUCAGAACCAUCUAUGCAGGAAAUGCUCUGUGCACAGUGAAGUCUAGCGAUGAAGUGAAAGUGUUCUCUGUGCGAGGUACAGCUUUUGAAGCCGCUGCUACGAAUGGAGGAGAAGCACAUUCCGAGGAAGUUCAAGCCCCACCUGCAGCCGGAUUGUCUAAAUGGAUGGGACAAAGUCUGUCUAAAAGUGACCGUCCAGAACUAACUGGUGCCAAAAUUGUUAUAUCUGGGGGCCGUGGAUUAAAAAGUGGAGACAACUUCAAGUUAUUGUAUGACUUGGCUGAUAAGUUACAUGCUGCUGUUGGUGCUUCUCGAGCCGCAGUGGAUGCAGGAUUUGUGCCGAAUGAUUUGCAAGUUGGACAGACUGGGAAGAUUGUGGCACCUGAGCUCUAUAUUGCUGUUGGGAUUUCAGGAGCAAUUCAGCAUCUAGCAGGAAUGAAGGAUAGCAAGACCAUUGUAGCCAUUAACAAGGAUCCAGAAGCUCCCAUCUUCCAGGUGGCAGACUAUGGGCUGGUGGCAGAUCUCUUCAAGGCUGUCCCAGAGAUGACUGCUCUUCUGGAUAAAUAAUUCUAAGGCUUUACAGUUUGGUCAAAUGGAUACCGGAUCGUGAAUUGGACCUGUACAACGUGCAUAUGAUGUGCUGACAAUGCAUCUAUUAAUACGAACAUUACUUUGAUGCACAUGGUGUCCGUCUCUAUCAAUGCAAUCAACUGAUUCUCCUUGAUUUACUUUAUCACCCAUUAGAUUGAAGUUUUGAAUUUGAAUACUACUUGUUUUUGCACCAUUCCAAGAAAUCGGUGCCCACAUCCACUAGCCCUGGAUCCUGUCAAACCUACUUUGGUGAUAAUUCUUGAGUGUGCUUGAAGGGUUUCUGAAACUGCGAUCUUCCUUUUAGAGUAAACUCAGCAUUUUCCUAACAAACUCUAGCAAACAAUUUAAGAAUACCAGGAAAUUUUUGGGUUGCUCUCAAGGACAUUUAGAACAAGAGCAUUAAUUUUCAUUUGAUAACACAAGCAUCAGCAAUGGCAUUUAAGGGUAUAUUUUGGGUCUGGUAUUCACAUCUCAUUGAUAACACUAUGGGGAGAGGUUUGGAUUAUUGAAGGCUAUUGCACUGCUCUGGCCACAAGAGCAAGAUGCCCUAUCACAAUUCAGAAGUCCUAUAGAAAGCUCCAUAAAUAGUAUUGCACUGCAGGAAGACACUGCAGCUCAGCUGAACCUCCAUGACAAACAUCAGUUAUUUGGUUACUGUGGGAAAACAAUUGCAGAAAAGUGCAGAAUAGCCAAGAGCCAAGACAGUUCUGUUGGGAAAAGCUUGAGAUCUGGUGAUGUAAGGACACAGUUGUGCUGCAGGGUUUCUAGAAGGAACUGCAGAAGGAACAAGAAGGAAACCAAGAAAUUGAUUGUUAAAUAAUUUAAGAAAAAUUUAUCCUUUGCAAAUUUCAUGGUAACUAGCCAAAUAACUAUCUGGAAAUAAACUGUAUGGCUACUCUUGUGUAUCUGUUCUCACGUAAUUAGUACCACCAACACACAAAUAAAGCGACUUGUUAUUUACCAAGUAUCACCAGACACUACAGGCUUAAAUAGUCAUACUCAGCACAGAAACAGGCCCUAUAAUGCAUCUAUCUGUGCCAAAUUAUUAAUCUGCCUAGUCCUUUUGACCUGCAUUUGAACCAUAGCCUUGCAUGCUCCUCCCAUCCAUGUAACUAUCCAGCUUUAUCUUAAAUAUUGAAAUCGAGUUCACAUCCACUACUUCUGCUAGCAACUCAUUCCACACUCUCACCAACCUCUGAGUGAAGAAGUUCUCCUCAUGUUCCCCUUAAAUAUUUCACCUUUCACACUUAACCCAUGACCUCUACUUGUAGUCUCACCCAACCUUUGUGGACAAAGCCUGCUUGCAUUUACCCUAUAUAUAACCCCUCAUAAUUUUGUAUAUCAAAUCUCCCCUCAGUCCUCUACAUUCUAGGGAAUAAAAUCAUCAUCUAUUCAACCUGUCCCUAUAAUUCAGGUCCUCAAGUCCUAUCAAUAUCCUUGUAACUUGGAGAAAAAUGGAAGGAGUAAUUGCAGCUGGUGAUCAGCAGAUGGGGUCCAAAUAUAGGAGACUUCAUGUGGAAUUUUGCCUUAUUCCCUCAAGAGUUUUUAUAUGCAGCUCAAUUAGAUUGUCUCUUACUUUGUUGAACCCAUUAAAAAAAGUUUUAAGACACA